CGUGUCUGGAACGGGAGCUCUCAUCGGAUACUGACUGUGUUAUACUGUCAUUUGUAGGGAAAUACAACAACUGGUAUGGUCCACGAAUAUCAGAAAGAUGACGAAAGCAGCGUGAAUAGUGCUGACGAAGCCUUGUUCGAAAUGCUAGGUAUAUUGCCGUCGUUGGCGAUCGGUAAUGGCGUCCCAGACGAAGAGGACGACGAAAACUCAAUGAAUGACAAGGGCGGUGCGCAAGCGCUCUCACUCGAUCGGUUCGUCCAGCGGAAGGACGACAAUUGGAUAAGGAAAGUCCUGGCUAACAGCGACAACAUAAAUUUACGGCGACAAUACGAAACCACUUCGGUCUGUGUAUUUCCAGAGGCUCUCCGUAUUCCGGCCAUCGAAAUGAGGCGUCUCGCAGACGAGUUGGUAUGGGGUGGACAUAUCUAUCCGUCCGACAAGACCUACGAGACGCUUCGAAUAUCGAAAGAUGGCUCAAUAGAGGAACGAAGGGCUUUGACGAGAAUAGAAAAUUUCGUAAAUUACCAUUCUGGUUGGAACGCGCUGUGCAACGACUACUUGCGUCGACUGGUAUCGUUGGCCUUGGGUCAACCCAUGGUCUUGUACAAAGAAAAGCUCAACCUGAAACCUCCCGGUGGAAGUGGAUUCGCGCCCCACCUUGAUACUCCCUCGCUCCGUGUGGCGCUGGGAGACAGAGGACCUCGUGAGUUUUGCACCGUUAUGGUAGCGAUCGACAACAUGACGACCCGGAAUGGAUGCUUACGAAUCGCCAAGGGUGUUUGGAGCGAAGACCAUCAUGUCAACACGGUACAACCCAAAGCAGAAGGUAACCCAGAUGCGGACGGACGAGCUGGAGCCGUUCUUCCUGAGCUAGUGGAUCAACUUCAGUUUGAAGAUUUAGUGUGUGUUGGCGGGACGAUUGUCGCGUUCAACGGCUGGGCGCCGCAUCGAUCGAAAACCAAUCUAUCCAGCUUUGCCAGGCGUGCUGUGUUUUUGACCUACACGUUGGCUGCCGAAGGGGACUUUCACGAUGCGUACUACCAAGAAAUGGAGCAUUUGCGCAACAAGUGGCGCGACAAAGUGGGACUGCCAACGCAAAUCAGCAACGAUGAACUAAUGGAACUGAAUGCGCUGAGCACUGUUCCGAGGACAUAG